AUGGAGCACACCAAUGCAACCUCCUGGAGGGGCUUUGUCUUCCUGGGCUUCUCUAGCUUUGGGGAGCUGCAACUCCUCCUUUUUGUGUUGUUCCUCUUCCUGUAUCUUAUCACCCUGAUGAGCAAUGUCUUCAUUAUUGUAGUUAUCAGGCUGGACAGUCAUCUUCACACCCCCAUGUACCUCUUCCUUUCCUUCCUAUCUUUCUCUGAGACUUGCUACACCUUGGGCAUCAUCCCUAGGAUGCUCUCUAGCCUGGUCAUGGGGAUUAAGGCCAUCUCUUACGUGGGCUGUGCUGCCCAGAUGUUCUUCUCUGCCUCAUGGGCUUGUGCCAAUUGCUUCCUUCUGGCUGUCAUGGGCUUUGACAGAUAUGUGGCCAUCUGUGCCCCACUGCACUAUGCCAGCCACAUGAAUCCUACCCUCUGUGUCCAGCUUCUUGGCACCUCCUUCCUGAGUGGAUACAUAUUUGGGCUGGGAAUGACACUGGUCAUUUUCCACCUUCCAUUCUGCAGUUCCCAUGAGAUCCAGCACUUUUUUUGUGACACUCCACCAGUGCUGAGCCUGGCCUGUGGGGAUACAGGUCUCAGUGAGCUAGGGAUCCUCAUCCUCAGCCUGCUAGUCCUCCUUGUCUCUUUCUCCUUUAUCACUGUCUCUUACACUUACAUCGUGGCAGCAAUCCUGAGGAUCCCCUCUGCUGAGGGGCGGAAGAAGGCUUUCUCCACCUGUGCCUCACACCUCACAGUGGUCAUUGUUCACUAUGGCUGUGCCUCCUUCAUGUAUUUGAGGCCCAAAGCCACCUACUCUCUUGAGCGGGAUCAACUUAUUGCUGUUACCUAUACUGUGGUGACCCCUCUCCUCAACCCUGUUGUUUAUAGUCUAAGGAAUCGAGCUGUGCAGAAGGCCCUGAGAAAUGCUUUCCAAGGGAGAUUUCUGGGUAAAAGAUGA